UGCAAACGUGUUAUUGAUUUAAUUAUGUCAUUUUAGUGACACUUGAUAGAAAUAGUGUAAUCGCGGCAGGGUAUGUAGUGGAUUGCAGAAACACUCGCUCUGGGGAUGUGUGGGCCUGAUGGGGAGAAGUGGAAUGACAUAGUUGGUGUAGGAAGAAGCUAUUUGUCAAAAUAUAUUUAUGUAUAUAUAACUUGUUUAAAGAUAAUGCAAUACCAUUUUUGAACUCGUUAAAUGAUAUAAUCAGGUGGGUUUUGACAAUACUAUCCACCGCUGAUGGACUACUUGUGGCUUAGUUACUAAUAUUAUUAAUUUCCUGAUACUGGAUUACUUUGGUUAAUGAUUACUGUUGUGUGUCGUUUAGAAAGGUGACCAAAUAAUAAGUAAUUCUGUUUACAAAGGUAUCUGUCUGCAGUCCAUCAUCAGCUGUGUCUGUGCCGCGAACCUAGUGCGUGCACGCAUCGUCAUUUAUUUGGGAAAACAACUAGAUGACGUUCAGUGUGAUGAAAUUCAGGUUCUAUCCCGUUGAUCAAGAAGUUAUGAAGGUUGCAGUUCAGUGAGUAAAGAAAUGCAUUAAAGGAAGCACGCAUGCUUCCGGGUUUCGCUUUCUGGUUUUGUGGAGGAUGAUGAAGAAGCGGGUGAUCUGGCUAAUCAGUGGAAUAAACAGAAGAAUGAUGAAGCUCCUGAUUGCCCUCGCUUUGAUCGCCUAUAUCGCCUCUGUGUGGGGAACCUAUACAAGUAUGAGGACCAUACAAGAAAACGGGGAACUGCAAAUUGAGAGGAAGAUUGAAGAGGUAAUUGCACCCCUGCGGGAGAAAAUCCGAGAUUUGGAAGUCAGUUUCACUCAGAAAUACCCUCCGGUAAAGUUCUUGUCUGAAAAGGACCGCAAACGGAUUCUACUAACUGGAGGAGCAGGGUUUGUGGGAUCCCACUUGGCUGAUAAACUCAUGAUGGAUGGUCAUGAAGUCACGGUGGUAGACAACUUCUUCACGGGCCGUAAAAGAAAUGUAGAACACUGGAUUGGACAUGAGAACUUCGAACUGAUCAACCAUGAUGUUGUCGAACCACUGUACAUUGAAGUGGAUCAGAUUUAUCACCUGGCCUCUCCUGCAUCUCCGCCAAAUUAUAUGUACAAUCCAAUCAAGACUCUGAAGACCAAUACCAUUGGAACUUUAAACAUGUUGGGUUUAGCGAAACGCGUUGGUGCUCGUCUUCUGUUAGCCUCCACUUCAGAGGUAUAUGGAGACCCAGAGGUGCACCCUCAGAGUGAAGAAUACUGGGGUCAUGUGAAUCCAAUCGGUCCCAGAGCCUGCUAUGAUGAAGGGAAGCGAGUGGCAGAAACCAUGUGUUAUGCCUACAUGAAGCAGGAAGGAGUGGAGGUGCGGGUCGCACGAAUAUUUAAUACUUUUGGGUCUCGCAUGCACAUGAAUGACGGCAGAGUUGUCAGCAAUUUCAUUCUACAGGCACUCCAGGGAGAACCUCUCACAGUUUACGGAUCAGGAUCCCAAACAAGAGCAUUCCAGUAUGUGAGUGACCUGGUGAAUGGACUGGUGUCCUUGAUGAACAGCAAUGUUAGCAGCCCUGUGAACUUGGGGAACCCAGAAGAGCAUACAAUAUUAGAAUUUGCCAGAUUAAUCAAGGACCUUGUCGGCAGCAGAAGUCAGAUCCAAUUUCUUCCAGAGGCACAGGACGAUCCACAAAGGAGAAAACCUGACAUCACAAAGGCCAAAAUGAUGUUAGGAUGGGAGCCUGUGGUACCGUUGGAAGAAGGCAUAAAUAAAACUAUUCACUACUUCAGCAAAGAACUGGAAUACCAGGCAAACAACCAAUAUAUCCCCAAACCCAAACAAGCAAGAAUAAAGAAAGGCAGGCCAAGACACAACUAAUGAGCCCUGCUGAUUACAGUUACCAAGGGAUAGUAAAAACGGAUAAACAGAACUUUUAUUUUCUUUUGUGUUUUUUUGGUGAAGAGCAAACUGGAAUUUUUCAAAAUUCCUCAAAUCAAGCUUGCUUUACAAAGAUGGAUGUGCCUAAAAAAAAAAAAAACUUGCAAAUCUUGCCUUGCACUUUUAAAAUUUAAAAUUAGAGUAGAAAAAUUCAAGUUUUAUAUUCUGCAGUUCAUUUGAUGUGAGACUUUGUUUAAAAUAAAUAAAUAAACGUUUCUUAAAUUCCAGGUGAAGUGCAAAAAAAGUAAUUUAUUUCAGAUGUAUACUGUGAAGUAAGUAUGUGACUUCCCUAUGCAUAAAGAGGCUUUAAAUGAACAGUGUUGUCGCGUGUGGUACACUGCUUGCUUAUUGUUUGUAUAUUUACCAUUGGCUCAUCCGUCAUCUUUGAAUAUCUUUUAAAUCACACAUUUUUAUAGAUAAGUUUGAAAUGUAAAAUAUACUGACUGUAACCAUGAAUAGGUAACAUGGUUCUGCAUUCUUAUUGUGUUACACUUUGUGACCUCUGGGUGGGUGUGGGUGGGGGUGG